AUGGAUUAUAAAUGUUCAUUUGAACCAAAGCAAUAUCAAUUUAGUCCUGCUAGUAAACCUUCAAGUACAGAGAAACCUGGUCCAGCACGACAGCUUUUUGUUGAAGAUGAAGUGUUACUUACUUUAAUGCGUAUUCGACUUGACUCACCAUUACAAGAUUUAACAUUUUCCCGAGAACUUGAACCAUUAAUUUAUUGGCCUGCUCCAGAAGAAACAUUAAGUUUUACACAUCCUUAUUUUAUUGGAGAUUUCGUUUAUGUUGAAGGUAUUGGUGACUGUACUGAACAAACUAUUCAAAAAUCUGCUAAUGCUAAAGCUCAAUAUCAAACAUAUAGUUCUUAUAAAAGUAGAAACACAUUAAAAAAGCUUAUAUUUUGUACUAAAGGCGGUUCUAUCUCUUUUGUUUCUAAAGGUUACUCUGGAUCUUCCUCAGAUCGUUUUAUCACUGAAAAUUGCAAUGUUGCAAGAAGAUUCACUCCUGGUUUUAUUGCACUUUUUGAUAAAGGUUUCAAUGUUCAAGAUUUAUUUCUAUCAAGGCAGGUAAAAGCUGUAAUUCCACCAUUUUUACGUAGUAAGCGACAGUUUACACCCUCUGAAGUGUAUCAUUGCAAGCGCAUAGCACGUGCAAGAAUACACAUUGAACGUGUCAUUGGAAGGCUGAAAGAAUAUCGACUUCUAAAGAACACUCUGCCUAUCACAUUAGUCCCUCUAAUCGAUAAUAUAUGGAUAAUUGCUGCUGCUAUUGUUAACCUGCAACCACCUCUUGUAAAAGCAACAGCAGUAUAA